AUGAAGGUUAGUAUACUUGUUAUAAAUAUUGUCUUGCCAAUGUUUGCAUCAAUUGGUUUAUAUAUAUAUGGUUUAAUAAGUACACGUUGGAAUUAUAUCGAUAAAAAUUUAAUUGAUCAAUAUAAUUUUACAAAUAAACAACACGAAGAAUAUCUGCAAUUAAAUAAUAAUAAUAAUAUUCAAUUAGAAAAUCAACUUAUACGUCAUGGUUUUCGUACACAUUAUGGUUUAUUUGGUUAUUGUUUAGAUUAUAAAUGGCUUAAUUUAUUUUUAUUAAAAUCACAAAUAAAUAUUGAAUCUAAUAAAAAUUUCUUUUGUCGACAAUGUAAUCAAUCCUUAUCGAUUUGUCCUGAAACAGGAUGUUGUAUGAAAAAAUGUGAUAAUAUACCUGAUUGUCCAUCAUAUAUUGAUGAACAAGAAUGUAAUCGUCCAUAUAAUCAAACACGUUAUUAUUGGAAAGAAGGAAAUUGUAUGUGGCAAUCAAUAUCAAUUGAUAAUCAAGAUCUACCACGUUAUUUAUCAUCAUAUUCAACAUCACCACGUGACUUUUAUUAUUAUAUGAAGCGUAUACGUCAUUAUAUAAUGCUUCUUUUAUUUAUUAUAGCACCAUUAUUAACAUUAUUAUCAUUAUUAAUAUUAUUUUGUAUAAAUUGUAUUGAGAGAUUUUAUUCAAUACCAUUUGCAUUUAUUAGUUUUUUUUCUUUAAUAUCAUUUUUAAGUGGUUCUAGUGGUUUAGGAAUAUUUUUAUAUGAAUGGAUACAUGAACGUUUAUAUCGACCAGAUUUUACAUAUGAAUUAAAUCAAUAUGAAUCAUUAAUUAUUACAUUUAAUCCAUGGAUUAUUAAUGUUGAACGUUUAGGUUUAGCUUUUUGGAUUAUAGUUGCUGCUAUUGGAAUAAAUUUAUAUACAACAAUACUUAGUUGUUGUUUUUGUUGUGGAUUACAAUCCGAUAAAUCAAAAUUACGUAUACAUGUAAAGAAUGAUAAAUAUGCUAUUAUUCAUACAAGUCCAUAUGAUGAAUGA